GACCCAGACCCAGCUCUAACACUGUAAUCACUGGUGUUUAUAUUUAAUGAUGUCCCUGAUGUCCCGGAGCAGAACUUCUGUCUGAGGCUGGAGGAGAGUCAAAGUUUCUGCAGAAAUCCUUUUCCAUGAUGAGGCUCGAACCCGGGCUGAUCCUGGUUUUCCUUCUCAUCUUCCCGUCACUGUCUGCUGGUCUCCGUGCUCCUGAUCAACCCCGCCUGACGAGCUGUCGCUCACCCGAGAGGGAGACGUUCACCUGCUGGUGGGAGCCGGGUGGCAGUGGGGAUCUGAACACCACCUACGCCCUCUACUACCGCCUGGAGGGAUCAGAGAAAGUGAACGAGUGUCCGGAUUAUAAAACAGCAGGACCGAACUCGUGUUUCUUUAAUAAGAGCGACACCUCCCUGUGGGUGGAUUACAACAUCACCGUGGUGGCCACGAACUCCAGGGGCGUGAGUGUUUCCGAGCCGGUCGUGGUGGACGUCGCUAACAUCGUUCAGCCCAACACCCCGGAGAGUGUGACGGUGGAGGUGAUGGACGAUGGUGAAUUUAAAGCUCCGUUCCUGCGUGUGAUGUGGGAGAAGCCGCAAUCUGCAGACACUCGCUCCGGCUGGAUCACGCUCAUCUACCAGCUCCGCGUCAAACAGGGCAAAGACGACACCUGGGAGGAGUACGACGCUGGGAUGCAGAAAUACUACAACGUCUUCAGCCUGCUUUCGGGUAAAGAGUACAUGGUGCAGGUUCGCUGUAAACCGAACCACGGCUUCUGGAGCGAGUGGACGAGGCCCGUGUACGUCCAGAUGCCUGAGUUCCUGGACCACGAGCGCUCGGUGUGGAUCCUGGUGGCGGUUUUCUCAGUCUUUGUCCUCCUCGUCCUCAUCUGGACCGUGAGCCUUAAGAGGAACAGUGUGAAACAGUGUCUGCUGCCUCCUGUUCCCGGACCCAAGAUCAAAGGAUUCGAUGAACAGCUGCUCAAAAGUGGGAAAUCAGAGGAAAUAUAUAAUGCGCUGGUGAUCCACAGUUUCCCGCCAACCAACUACGAGGAGCUGCUAGUCGAUUAUCUGGAGGUUUGCGAUGAUUAUGGAUCACAAGACCUGAUUUUGGACUCCAAACAGCCGCUCGUGGCAUCAGUGAAGUCCACAAGCACCUCCUCUGACAGCGAUUCGGGCCGGGGAAGCUGCGACAGCCGAACCCUGCUGAUGGACAAAAGUGCAGGUGGAAGGAAUGAGGGCGGAGCCAAGCAGGCCGACUGGGUUUCCAUAGAGCCUGGCAGAGAAGAAGGAAAAGCCUGGACAUGGAAUAACAUAUUCUCGACACAUCAGCUACACCCUGAGCACCGCUAUUAUCAGCAGGUCCAUCCACAGCAGGUCCAUCCACAGCAUCCACAGGACACCAAAUCCACCUAUCACAACGUUCCUGACAUUUCCUGCAUCUCCUUAUCGGUGCAAAUCAGCAAAAUUCCCGAAAAUCAGCUCGGAGAACUUCUGAACAAACCUCGAGACUGUGACUACGCUCAUUCCGGCAUCAUGGAGGCCGGUGAGCCCCAGCCCAACGGUUCCCAAUGCACGGACUACGUAGAGGUGCAGACGGUUGAUCAGGAAAACGUCCUCCAUGUCCAACCGCUCUCAGACCGCGAGGAGCGAAUCCAGGAUCCUUCAGACUCUUCAUCCGGGGAGAAUUACAGUAAGGUGCAAGAUGUGAUCUCAGACAAUCUGCUGCUGCUGCAGAGAGACAUGAGAAGCGUUCCGCAGUGUUCCGGGGAUCUCCAAUGCCACACACUUCAGCAGGAGAACCAUCAGACGUGUAAAUCAAACACACUCUUGUCCUCGCCGUCCAUUUUGCUGGGAGGUAACGGAUACGUCGACUCAAGCAUGAUGAUCUCUUAACAUCUCCAAGAUAAGAGCUUUCAGGGACAAAUCGAUGGACAGGUAAUCUGCUAUCCACUUGUGGUUCUGAAAGUUCACCAGAAGUUCUGAGAAGGUAUGCCAGAUACCUGGGGAUAAACGUCUGUACUACAGAACCAAAGCCCAUGUUAAACGUUGCAGGCUCUGCUUGGGUGGUGCUUGCGUCGGAAGGAGCGAACUGAACUGGAGUACCAGAUUCCAAAGAUGUUUCGUAGCGGAGACUUAAGCGUGCAGGCGGCUUAACCGCAAUCAGUCAAUUGAAGAUUUAGUGAUGCAACGCUGGACACGAAUAUUAUUGUCCUCUUAGCUGUAAAGUGAGACACUACAGGGUGAGCUGGGAUUAAAAUUUUUAUUAUUAUUAUUAUUAUUAACACCAUUUUUAUCUUCACCAGUUGAUUGCUGACAUUCUCACACGUAUUUAGUAAUUUAGGAUAAAAAGGGACAUUUCUGGGAUAUAUGAGCUGAUAAUGAAGUGGGCGGGGCUUAAAGCCUUCUAAAUCUAGAUCUAGAAAUCAAAUCAUUUUAUUAUUAUUUUAAAGGAUAGAGACAGAAUAUCAAUUAAAAAGGCUACCAUGGAGUGUUUCAAGAGGAAGCACAUUAAGGGCAUGGAGAGGCCCAGUCAGUCUCCAGUCCUCAAUCCUGUAACUCUGAGCUGAAACUCCCAGUUGCCAAGCGACAGGCACGAAACCUUUAGAAAUUUAGAUUUAGAAAAGAUCUGUAAAGACCAGUGGAACAAACUCCCUCCUGAGAUCAGUGCAAACCAACUAAAGGAGACGUCCUACUUGGUUUCUCCACCCAGUAUGAAGUCAUGUUCUGCUUGGGGAUCAAAUACUUAUUUCCCCCAAUUGAAAUGCCACUCAGUUCAUAAACUGUGUAUCAUGUGCUUUUUAUGGAUUGUUAGUUGAUAUUCAGUCUCUAUGCUUUUAUAUGAAAAAAUUUAUAGACCGUUCAUUUCUUUUUGUAAGUGGCCAAACUUACAAAAUCUGCAGGGGAUCAAAUGAUUAUUUUCCCCCACUGUACAGUAUUUACAAAGUUCUAAAGUUCCUCGACUUGAUUUCAUCACCAACGACGCAUUUCAUGACGUGUUCAUUUAAUAAAAAUAAAUCUCAUUUUAAUAUCUGAAAUUGUUCUUAAUGCGAGCGAACUUUGAACUUGAAAAGAUCUGAUAACUUUUUAGGGGGUGAAAACUGGAAAAAACACAAAUGACUUUCAGACCCACGAACACAUGGCACUUACAGUGUCAGGAUUCGAUCCUGGAGCUUCUUGAGGACUGAAUCCAAAGGUCAGGGGUCGCUCUGUGGUUAAAGCAUUGGACUACAGUGCGGAAGGUCCCAGGUUCAAAUCCCGCGACCACCAGGUUGUUCCUGUGGGGCCCUUGAGCGAGGCCCUUAACCCUCAACUGUUUAGAUAACAAGAUAAAAAUGUAAGUCACUCUGCAUCCGGGCGUCGGCCAAAUGCUGUAAUGUAAAUGAACCACUGUAGGUUGGGUUCUAAUUGAUUGACGGUGAUUUGCACUGGAUUGUAUAAUAAUGCCUGCUUUUAUUUCAUUUCUGUUUUAAAGGCUAAGUAUCGCUCUUUUAUGUCUAAUGGCGUUCAUUUCUUACAAUUAUCGUGGGACAGUCAUAGUUAAAAAUUCCAAUAGGUUAUUUGAUCCGUCUGAUUACGUGGGGGUAAUGGUUCUCUUAAUGCUUCUUAUUUAAAAAAAAAUCUCUUUACUCAGAUAGUCAAACAUAGCCUCUGUUUUUAGAUCACUGAUGUGGACUACUGAUGAUGUCCUAUUUUACUUUGCUUGUGUGUGUGUGUGUGUACUGUACAUUUUAGGUCCAAGACUACUUUAGGCAUUUGAUAUGUUGUAAAUGCAGUAAGUUUUUGCACAAAUCUCCAACAAUCGGGUUGAUUUAUACGUCAUAACCAUAGCAGAGACUAAUGAUAUGAAAAAAAAGAGAUUUUUUCAAUAAUAAAAGAUGUAUAGGACUGAAAAAAUUAAUAAAUAAAAAACUGCAAAAAGUGUAGCAUUUGCUAAAACAUAUAUAUUUUAGUAUAAAUAAAAAAAUCAUACUGAAAAUAAUAAAAAAUAAAAGAU